AUGGGCGUGGGUAGCAGGAGAAAGCACAGAGGGAUGGCAUACUUGUACAGAGUAGGGAUUUCCACGAGGUGGACCAAGGCCCAGCACCCGUUACACUCCGUCGCCAAAACGGGUAUGUGGGAGUGCCCGACCCCGAUUUUUUCCCGGGCCGUGGAUAGUGAAAUCGGGUUGGACACCUCGCACACGGAAGGAAAUAUCAAGCAUGUGCUGAAGGUCAGCCUUGAUUUAACUAGGUACGAGUACUAUACGGUUGGAACGUAUUUACGGGACAAGGAUAGACAUUCUUUGAUCCAAGUAAGAAUCGGCGGAUCCUUGUGGGGAUGGGCAAACGAGUCGGAUACCCCAAAGGAGGAUGUCCAAAAAGGUUGGGCCGGAAUCAGAAGUGGAAAGCAGUUGGUACAGUGGCCUAUUGAAGAACUAGAAACUCUUAGAGGGCAUAAGGCUGAACUUAGCAAUAAGCACUCAGCUGAUGUGGAAGUGAUUUUCACAAUCCCAAGCCUGGAUAAGGCAGAGGCAUUUGAUCUCAACUGGGUUGGGAUGGACGCGCAGCAGCUUUGCGGCCUGAAAGGUUCAACUGUGCAAGGUGGGGUUGGGCCGUUUGGGCUUCUAACCUUGGCUUCAGAACACCUUGAAGAAUACACUCCUGUCUUCUUCAGGAUUUUCAAAGCAGAAGAGAAGCACGUCGUCCUCAUGUGCUCUGAUGCAAGCAGCUCUUCCUUGAAGCAAAACUACAAGCCAUCCUUUGCAGGCUUUGUGGACGUGGAUUUAACUGACAAGAAGCUCUCUCUCAGAAGUCUGUGGUGGAAAGCUUUGGAGCGGGGGGGAAAACGUGCAUUACCUCUAGGGUUUAUCCGACGCUGGCAGUGGGAAAAUGCUCGUCUCUACACGUUUAACAAUGGCACCGAGGCGAUUACAUAG